UUAAUUAUUUCUCGCUGAGGGAUUGAUCUCUACGGGAAUGUAUGCACAAUUUAAAGAAUUGGUGAAGACUAAAAAUAUUGAAGGGUUGAAGAAUUUUAUUGAUAAAGCAGACGCUGCGGAGCUCAGCAAUGUGAUCCUUCCGAGACUGGGGUGCAGUGAGGCCCCAGGAAUUCUGAAUCACCUGCUGUCAAAUAUUUCAACAACUGAAUCCUCACAAUCGAAACACAGAAAGCUAGUGGAAUCAAUUCUGAAGAAGCUAGCGACCGAAAAAGUCAGCACCUCCCACGUGAAUGCCAUCGUAAAUCGAAUAAUCCAAGAAUUUCCAAAGUACUCGAAGCUCCAGCUGUCAAAAAUCGUUGAUUUCUGCUUAAACAGUCUUCGCCUGAAUGACGACGAGUAUUUCUGCUGGCGAGAAAUUCUCCCGAUAUCACUGCAGAUCCUAGAGGAUGAGAAGUACAUGAAUUACAAGGGAAACGAGGUGACAGGACCAGAGUACAAGUCCCUGAUAAUCCAAUCGAUCUGCAAUCAGCACUGGGACCUGGGUACCCUGACGUCAUUAGCAAAGAUGUUCGGAGAGAUGAGAAUGAAUAAAAAUGAUCACCUCCUGGUGAUAAGAGCCCUCUGCGACAAAAUUCCUGAUGUGGAGCCAAAGGAGAUGCCACCGUUCGUCCACCAGAUCCUUCGUCUGAGUGACAACGUGGAUGGUAGACUGGUGAUUGGAACCCUCCAGAAGUACUUCGAGACCCUCUACUCGUCAAUCGACAAGGAAACACCAGAGACCGUCGAGAGUAUCGGACAACUGAGCCUCAAGGAAAUCCAGGACACCGAGAGCACAGUCCUUUAUCACAUUCGUCAAUCAGCUCUACUAAAUCACUCGAGCCUCAAGGACUUCGUGAAAAACCUGAAGAACAUCACCAACGCCCCAGAAUUUAUCCUCGAGCCCUUCCCCAUGUCCGUUCUCCUCCUCAUCUCUGAUAUCUACAACGAUCAGAUCUUCGAUAUAAUUAAACAGGCACUAGCCAGAAAAAUUCAGGACGAGGAAAAAAAGAGGAGCUGCUUCUGGGUGAAGCACGUUCUACCGGAGAACUCGAUAGUCAUGGAGAUCAUGGAGCAGAUUAUCGAGAACAGCAACAAGGACAGGCACAUGGUCCUCAAGGGUCUUCUCGAUCUUGCUUUUGUACUGAUGGACACUGGAAAGCCCAAGGAGGGAGAGGACAAUCAGUUGCACGAGGUCGGGGUGAAGAUCCUCCAGAAGCUCGUAAAAAAGAGGCACGAGGUUGGUGCAACUGUUUUGCAGAAUCUCACUGAUAAAAUUGUGGCAGGAGGUGCAGCUAUUUCACAUUACAUCGAGGUGCUAGCUUACAUGUGUCGCAAAGCCACUCUCAUCGUCCUUGACUCUCAGAUCUGGAUAUCGACGCUUCUGGAGCAGCUUCUGGCCAUUCCUGGGGAAGCAGCAACUCAGGUUUUGUACGCCACGAUUCCCCUGAUCCGUACGUCGAAUGCUAUCAGGGAUUCCCUCGUGUUGAUACUGAGGAAAGCCCUUUACAGGAAGGGAGUGGAGACACGAAAAAUGGCGGUCACUGGGUUUCUCCAGUUUCUCAGUAAUUUGAAGAUCUCGCCCUUUGGUCUGAGUCAGUCAUCUUCAAGUAUGACGAAUGCCUCGACUUCUUCGAUCUUCACGCAAGUUACGAUGGAGCGAGGGAGUCAGUCAAGAUCAAACCCUCGAAUUCACAUUGCCUUCUGUCAGGAGAUCCUCAUAAUCCUGACCAAGUGCUUUUCCCACGAGUCAGAUGUCCGCCAGCAUUUGUACAAGGGACUCCACGAGGCAGUGGCUCUUAAUCCAGAGCUCGGUGAGGCAGCAAUUGAGUUACUACUGGGGCACUUCCAGGAUUUUUAUGAGUCAGACGAGACUGUGAAGCCUCCGCUGAUGCUCGACAAUUGCUCCAGCAUCGCUGGACCUGAGGCCCUCCUGCAGGAGCCAAUUGGACACCUGAUAUUCACCCUUCAGAAGAUUUACUGCACUGUUGCCAGUAAAAAUCUGGACUCUCUGGACAGACUCAGUAAUGUCUUGGAGUCGUUGUGCAAGAGGAUGACACCAUCAGCUCUGGACCACCUCCAGGUGGACGACAGAUCAGAUCUGUUGGACAAUUUACCCAAGUCCCAGCAGAAGGUCAACUCAAUUAAACUGACUAUCACCUCCCUGGAGGCUCUCAUGGCCUAUCGAUUUAGCAGUUGGUCGUCAGGAAAUGAAAAUGUCGCCCAAAAUAUCUACAGUCUUUUCAAGUCCUAUGCUGAGAUCUUGGAGUUCUGCAAGACAGUGAAUAAACCACAGAAACAAAAAAAAGGGAAAAAGGACAAGGAUCACGACACCACCAUCAAGAGGGGUCCCAAAGCUGGCAUCAAACCUCCUCCUACUGUCCUCGAUAUUGAAAUAAUCUACCAGAUGUUGUCACUACUCCACGACAAGGUUCCCUGGGCCACCAAAGACCAGGCAAAUUACCUGAGGAAACGUCCAGACUUUCACAACUACUGCCUUCACACCUGCAUUCAAAUAUUCCAGACUGCCAAGACCCUGAAGAACGUGGAGCGAUUGAAAUAUCGAGAUGCACACGAGAAAAAUUAUCUCAAGGUUGGAGAACUCCUCUACAAGAAUAUUAUCUGUGACCUGGAUACUGUGAGGGAGUUGGAUGAAGAGACUGCUCUUCUGGGUGUCGAGUGCUUCAAGGAAUACUGCGACGUCAUGUGCACUCUGUUCCCCGGGGAUUUCUCCAAGUUCCUAGGGGAAGUCUGCGAGCCCUCGCCCUCUGAGGGCUUCAGUGCUCAGUUCAAUACUUUAAUUUCAUCAUUGCAAGUCCUGAUCGAUGGAUUCUACGGGGAGAACGAAGAGCCCAGCAAAAUUCCUCUGAUUUUACUGGAGACUGUGGCUCUAUUGGUGAACAAAGUGGGAGUUUCCGCUGGAAGCUUUGGUGGCACCUUCGAGUGGCUGCAGAAGAUGGCGAAGAUGGAUGUAGGGGAUCCCCACAUAGCGCUGAUUAUUCUCCAAUUAAUUACGAAUGUUGAAGAGCGAGAGGUGGAGUAUGGAAAGGUCCUGGAUGACAUGUGCCUGGACCUCUGCAAUAAGCUGGGGACAAUUGACAAUAAUGAAAUUACCACGAGGGAGGGCUAUGAGGUUCUGAAUGACUCGUCGAUGACUCAGGCUCACAGCAUUUUUAAUAAUUCCUUGAAGAACAAACUUACGACUGCCUCGUGGGUCCUGGGGAGGCUUAAGUCUGAGCAAGUGGUAGCAGCAUCCCCUGGGAUUGGGGACGACAGCUUCAGGGAGAGACUCAAAGAGAAGGAGAAGAGCCUCUGCAAACAGCUGUCCUACACCAUCCAAACACUUCACACUCUUGCCAAUGCCAAUGUGGAUCCUGGACCGAAUACUGAAUUGACGUUCAAAAAUCUCCACCAGCUUUACAGUGUCCUCAAUAAUUUGACGAAAUACUUCAGUGGAAAAUCGACUCAGCAGAACGCCGCGUUUCAGGCUGUCAGGUUCAUUCAGGUGGUUCAGCUCGCUGGAAAGCCUCUCAAGGCGACGUUUUAUAAUCUCGUGACUCACACUGAGGAGAAGCAGAACAGUGGAAGAAAGGCUGAUGCUCAUGCCCAGAAGAAUAAAGUCCUGAAGGAGACGAAAUUCAUUCCAAAAGUCGUUUACGAGAUCGAGCAGUUUAACAAGGAAAUUCUAGCUCUUGGAAAAAAAACCAAAGUGCCUCUGGAGGGCUACAUUAAACACAGCAUCACGAGAGAUUUCAGAAUAAAAGGGCCACAACUAGUGGAGGGACUCGAGAGACUCGAUCCCAGUCAGAUGAUGACAAUGACCCAGAACACGACGAGAAAUAACGAAACCCAGGAUCACCUCGAUCUCUCAGACUCAGAAUCCAGUGUCCAGGAAGAGAGUGAACAGCCAUCACCGAAAAAACCAAAACGCGAAGUCAGCCCUUGAUUAUUGGUACAUAAGUUAAAUAUUGAAUAUAUUUUUUCUAAUAAAGAAUUUAA